CACCCCCUCCCCGCCUCCUCGGGCCCUCCCAGCCUCUCACGUAAGCCUCCCCUCCCCACCUGCCUGGUGGUUCCCUCCCCUCCCCCAUCUGCACCCUCCUCCUCCUGUCCCCUCUUCCUCUGUCCCUCAGCAAGCUGUCCCCUCCUCGCCUCUCCCCAUCCCUCACUGGCCUGCUCCUGCUCCCCUUCUCCCAUCCUCCCUUCCCCCCGUCUCUGUUCAGCCGGCCCCUUCCGGACUCCCCAGUGUCAUCGGACUCCCUUCUCGGCUCUGGUGCCCUGGCCCCAUCCCGUCCCCGCCCUGUCCCCUUUGUGCCCCUACCCGUUGUUUUCUCCGUCCUUCCUGGGCUUGGCGUCCCUUCUCCACCCCUAACUCCUUCCGCUUGGCCUUCCUGCCCCUUCACGGCCCACCUGCCUCCCUGCCCAAGUCCUGAUCCACCAUGCUGACCCCGAUGGUGGCCGGGGGGGUGGUGUUCCCCGGACUCUUCCUCCUCUCCAAGAGCACGCUCCAGAGGCUGCCCCAGCUGCGCUGGGAGGAGGCCGACGCGGUCAUUGUCUCAGCCAGGCUGGUGUCCUCUGUCCAGGCCAUCAUGGCUUCCACCGCCGGCUACAUCGUCUCCACCUCCUGCAAGCACAUCAUCGAUGACCAACACUGGCUGUCCUCUGCCUACACGCAGUUUGCUGUGCCCUACUUCAUCUAUGACAUCUACGCCAUGUUCCUCUGUCACUGGCACAAGCACCAGGUGAAAGGGCAUGGAGGGGACGACGGCGCGGCCAGAGCUCCGGGCAGCACAUGGGCCAUCGCGCGCGGCUACCUGCACAAGGAGUUCCUCAUGGUGCUCCACCACGCCGCCAUGGUGCUGGUGUGCUUCCCGCUGUCGGUGGUGUGGCGACAGGGGAAGGGAGACUUCUUUCUGGGCUGCAUGUUGAUGGCAGAGGUCAGCACGCCCUUCGUCUGCCUUGGCAAGAUCCUCAUCCAGUACAAGCAGCAGCACACGCUGCUGCACAAGGUCAACGGGGCCCUGAUGCUGCUCAGCUUCCUGUGCUGCCGGGUGCUGCUCUUCCCCUACCUGUACUGGGCCUACGGGCGCCACGCCGGCCUGCCCCUGCUGGCCGUGCCCCUGGCCAUCCCAGCCCAUGUCAACCUGGGCGCCGCGCUGCUCCUGGCACCUCAGCUCUACUGGUUCUUCCUCAUCUGCCGCGGGGCCUGCCGGCUCUUCUGGCCCCGCUCCCGGCCGCCCCCGGCCUUCCAGACCCAGGACUGAGGACCUUCCCCCUCCCCACCCUCAGCCCCACGGGGACAGGGCUCUAGGGCUCUGGGGCUGCUGGCGGGGUGUGGGAGCCAGGGCCCUCUCUUGUCCGGAGAGCCCCAGGACUGAUGAAGAGCCCGAAAGGGAAGAGGCGCCAUCUCUCAGGGGCUGAGGGCAGGAGACAGGGGACCUCUUCUCCCCACCGUGCCCACUUCCUGCACACCACUGCGCUGGAGGAGGGGUGGG